AUGAAGGCAGAAGCAAGCCCUUUUCAGUUGGAGACUCUUAUCAGUAGCAGCAUGCUCAACGCAUGCGUUGUCACUUCUCCUGGGGACAUUUAUACAGUAGAGUCUGGAAGCGUUCUAAAGCGGUACACCUUUUCGAGCACCCGCAAGGUAACGAGUGUAGGUUCACUCUCUUUCAAGACACAAAUACACAGUUUUGUGGUCUAUCCUGAGGUCAAUCUCAUACUGGCACAUGUGGACCGAGCCGUCCAUGCCGUCAAUACCGAGACAAUGGCAUCCCAUGAGCUUACGUCUCUUCCGAAUGUUAUUGCUCUGGUACCUCACUGCUGUGGAUAUGAGCCGGUCUAUAUUCGCUUUCCCGAUGUGACUCACACGGAGAUCAUAGAUCUAUCCCAGAGGUCUAUCUAUUAUGCCCCCAUUUCAACCAAUCCAGCUCUCAUGCAGCGCGCACUAUCAGCAUCUAAGCGACCAUGCCUCAACACAUUACGCCAUGGGCUUUUUGAUUUCAUUGUGAUUCAGGAAGGGGGAGGCCUGGGCUCUGGCACAAGCAUGUCUGUGGUGCUCUGUACAAGUAAAGAGCCUGUUGCUGCCUUCCCCCUACCUGUGUCAUCUCUUCAGUACCAAACCAGUACCGUCUCCUUCAUAGAUAACAAGGUAGCUUCUGCCAGAAAGAAUAUCAACCCUCUUGAGUUCUCUUACGAGCCAGCUACAGAGAAUCUAUCUCGGUUCAACAUAAUGUUGCUGGACAUAGGGCAGACCCUCAAUUCGUAUGCCUGGGUUGGAGAAUAUCUCUUCUUUGCCCAGCGAAACAUGCUUGCUAACAAACUUCAGGUUAUGAGCAUGGACAUCAGAAAACUAAUAUACCUCACGACUUUUACUAGUAUGCUACAUGAUGCGUCCCUUUCAACCCCCACCUCCUUAGACAGGAUUGGGGUUCUCAAAGACCAAAAUUUGAAGUACCUUGGUGAACUAGUACUGAAUGUCGUUGCGGAAACCCCUCUCACGGAUGUGAUGACUUCUGACUAUGCUCUGUUUGCUCUUGAGAAACCCACGUACGUUGACUCUGCGCUCAAGAACCAGCUUCUCCACGAAAUCUAUUUGAGGUUGUGUGCCGGAGAGAAGAUGGACCGGAAUUUCUGUAACCGAUACGACGCUGGGACAGUCAUGUAUAGCUAUGGGUGGGCAGACAACGGCCACGCUUCUCAUGAGGCGCUGCGUGCAGACGCAACUGAGAAAGGAACCCCAAUUGAGAAAAUAGUCAGACGGAUGAAUCUAUCUUUUCUUGAUGACCGCGACACACACAAUAGAAUACUAAAGGGGAUUCCUUCCGAGCGCUCGUUAAAGGAUUCUUCUGUUGAUGCUGUCGGGGGAUCUCUACGCAUGGCUAAUGGCAAGGAUAGCUACGGCGGUAGCACCACCAUUAAGGCCAUAUCUCAGUACCCCAGACUGUGUUUCAAUCUACUUCGAGACGCCAAUAAUCUCAAGAAGGAUAGCUCCGUCUUCACAGGCAAUAUUGUUGACUUGGAGUGGAAGGGAAAGCCCCCUGAGAAUAGUAAUGUCAUCACUUCAAAGGGUCCCGAGCUAUUUGUCUGUGUGCAGGCCCUCUCUAAAGCUGCAAAGUAUGGAUUGCUACGAUGCCCUGCACGUCUGCUGGAGUCUGAUCUCAGGUAUUUGUCUACUUCCAUGGCUGAGGCCGUCAGAAAGGCUCUUCAAUUUUCUGGGAAAGAAGCAAAUAACCAUGAGCACGAAUCGCAGCCAGAAGCAGUGGAUGAACUGGAUCAUGAGCUCUCAAUCCAUGUACAAAAAACCAAAAAUUGCGGAGCGUACAUCCCACUACCUUAUAUUUUGAGAGUAAGAUUAGGAGAGAAGAACAGGCCAUACACGUACAUCGAUACAGAUAAGUGUGCGGAGGAGCCUAAUCCAUCCAUCUGGAAUUACUAUAAUAUGCUGUAUGGCAAGGACCCCAGCACAUCUAUUAUUGCUACAGACAAGCUCUACAGACUUGCUAUAGGGCUGCAUGACCUUCUUCCUGAAUCUACGAAGAGCCUUGUGCUACAACAGAUAAUAUCGUCGGAGGAACCGUUGAAGAACUAUGUCGAGGAGACAACUGAGUCUGUUUCUGUGCUGCAAUUAAAGCAGCCACCUGUUCCGGAUCGCAAAUAUAUGGUCAAAGGGAUAGUGCCAGCGUUUAUCACCGGGAACUCCCACAUAUUCGGUCUUACAAACAUGUUCAUGGGCAAGCCCAACUGCCUUCCAUGUGACACAAAUAUCUUUUACGUCCACACAAACAUGUCACUAAUUGCAAUAAAGCGCACCUCUUUAUAUCGCCAGAUUCGUGCUAGCCUUCUAGAUGUGGACAAGAACACACACGCAAAAGAUAGCCUUCCUAAGCUACUGAAGUACGUGGAGGGGAAACUGGAGAAAACACUGGUAGACAGGUUUGACAUGUCAUCUCGGGACUGGUGUCUUUGCUGGAUCCUGACAGGGUCUCUACGGCUGCUCCAGAAGAACUUCUGGGGCGCUACUUUAGCAUUCAUGAACGCAAGGAUGGUGAACCCACUUCAAAUAGUUGGGAUUCUCUUGCAUGGUAUCUCUUUAGAAUGUAUAUCACUGCUGAAGAACACACCAGCAAGAAGGCACCAGCCAAGCCAAUCGUGCAUGGACGGUGUCAAUUUUGGCUGCUAUUCUCAGCGCGUAAGGCAGGUUCUAUCUAAUGAGCAGUAUACACAAACCGCUGAUGGAGAUGGGAGAGUGCGGUAUGGCAGAGACCAGAGUUUGUUUUAUAUAAAUAACCUCAUGGACGAUAUGUGCAAGGUGAUGAAUGCCCUGGGAGUUUCCAGUGAGCAAGACUAUAUAGAUCUACCGCCAGAACUGGAGAUAACGAAUCUUAGUGAGCGCUUCAACUUGCCGUGCAGUCCUGCCAAUGAUGAAGAUACUGUAAGCCGCCUAGAUGCAUGCCUUCUUUAUCUAAAGCUUAUUUUGGAUCCGCAUGAUUCCUGGAAUCUUAUAUUGCACGGGGUACUCAGCAAAGUGGAGGCGCAACACGAGACAACCAAGGACGCACUUGUUGGGAAAGUUAGCAUGUUCCGUCCUCAUUUAAAGGAACAAUCUAUUGACGAAACUAAAAGGCAGGUGCCAGAUGCGUCGAAAACCAUAGUUGAGACGUAUCGUAUCUCCAAGCCAACAGCAAUAGAUCAUCACAACAUUUUCCCCUUACGAGCACUAUUCAUAAUGCUGCUAUCUCGUGAGACCUAUCAUAUAUCGCGCCCCCAACAGAGGCUCUUCCUACUCACGCAGCCAACGAACUCCACCGGAAACCAAGCCUGUUUUCUUUCUUCAGCGCAAUAUAGCAAUAUAUUCUUGUCUACAAUAGGACUUCUGGUGCUGGGUCGCUUUUACGACUUGGCAUAUGUAUCGUUAGAGACAUACAUUGGGUGGAUGAGCUUCAAGACUAGUGGGAAUAAAACUAUUCUUGGUCGUGACUGGUCUGCCUGGACGAAUGUGGGGACGGGAGAGAACAAGAAAACUGCACCUGGAUCAUUUAAGGCCGUCAGUUCUGUCGCGCUUGAUCAGAUAUAUCCGGGCCUUGCCACAGACGCAUCAAUUGAGCUUCUUGUCGACACAUACAAAUCCACACUAUUUGAGGCAUCGGACUUCUCCAUUAUCAAUGAGUAUACAAAAACACUGCUUGCUGUACUUGCCAUCUCCUACAUGCACGUGAGCAGACACUCCAUGUCUCUGUUAUACAAAACGAUUCUGUUUUUCGUCUUGGCUCUUAAGAAUACGUCUGUCACCAGCUUUUUAUGUGGAAUUCUUGCGAACCUAUCAGUUGGCCACCCGGAUUAUUGCUCGCGUAUACUUAAGCUUGCUGAGAAGACCUCUGGGGAUGACCUCUUUAAUGCGCUGUUAAAUCUCCAAAUAAACAGUGCAAAAUCUGCAUUAUCUUUUAGGCAGCCAGAAAAAGAGGUCAUCGAGAGGUUUGUGUCCACUGUUUCUGUGGCCACUCUCCAAAAGUAUCUGUCUAAGACGGAGACCAAAAGGACAGCACCCUAUGUUAAUGUUCUUCUGCAAAUAGUUGUCUGCGGAGCGCAAUAUGCUAUGCUAACGAAGAACAGUGUUCCUUCAACAACGUCAGCCACCAUUGAAACGUAUCUAUCAUCUGACGCUAUAACAUUUUUGUUACAACAUGUUGGAAUGUUUCAGUUGCGCUCAUCGUCUGAGUCUAACGAUGUAGAGGUAAUGCAGAUCAUCACAAAAAAGCUCAAGCAGUUGAGUGGUCUAAAUCCAGCGUUUGAUGGUUCCUACCUGCUGGCUUGUAUUAAGUUGCAGGAAACCGCGUCUGCCAUCAAUACACUCUAUGAAAAAGCAUUUCCAGGCGUCAGUGCCGCCCUUUAUCCUUUUCUGGAGGCCGAUGUGGCAGAAGGCAGCCGCAAGACAGCGCAAGACUCUUCUACUUUAGCUAAGCAGUCUGGAGCCCCAACAUCCAGUUAUCCCGUUCUUAAUCGAUCGGCAUUUAACAACCUUAUUCUUUGGUGCAUUACCGCGUCACGUGCACCCUGUAUGGCUACUGGAAUCAUGCAGGAUCCAGCAUAUAUAAAUGGCACGACUAAGUUCGACGAGCUCUGGAAUAGCGACAAGGUACAAACAAAUCUAGAGAUGGUGACAAGAGAGGAUUGCAUAGCAUUCUUGAUGAGCCGAUCUGAGAUAACCAAAGAAAAGGGUAGUCUCCCAGGGGACCCAUCUCGCUCCCCCGCCGCAUUGCUGUAUGAGGUCCUACGGAGGUUAGAUAUCUGCCACUCCAAUAACCUUAUCAGUAAGGCUGACUUUAGCUAUUGCCUCAUGGCACUCCUCAAUGACAAUAGAACGGGAGGCUGCGGGUCUCGUCCAUAUAUAGCCAAAUAUUUGUACAGGGAUAUUCUUAAUAUGAUACCCCAUGAUUAUCCGCUCAGCUUUAUACUGCCCUUCAUCACGAAUUCUAUAGGACACCGCGUAGUUGAGCAGACAGAGGUUGGGAUGGGAUCUAUGAGUGUUCGUAUGAAAUUAUCACAAAAAGAGAGUGAGCUAGACAAAUAUAGACAGGCCCGUGUAGAUAUUUCCAGCUUUACCAAGUGUCAUAAAUGCAAGGGCCUGAUUGACCCUGGAAACGCAACGAAAUUGGCCAUCAAAUAUGUUGAUGGGGGUCUCCAAUGCUUUCACGUAGAAUGCGCCAACUAG